AUGGCGGAUGAGAGCUCCAGGACGUUGCAGUUGUUCGUGAGGCUACUCGAUGGAAAAUCGACAACCAUAAAUUUCGCUUCUCCGUCAGCUUAUGGCCAUGAGAUCAAGCAUCGAAUCUUCGAGAAGACGAGGAUCCCGACGCAUCUACAGCGUCUGAUAUGCGGAGGUUAUCAGAUCUCCGACGGUGCCGCGGUUUCGAUUCCUGAAUCGACCGUGAAUCUAGUUCUCUCUCUCCGUGGAGGCAAAGGAGGGUUCGGAUCGCUGCUUCGUGGCGCGGCGACUCAGGCUGGGGCGAAGAAGACGAACAACUUCGAUGCGUGUAGGGAUAUGAGUGGACGAAGACUGAGACAUGUGAAUGCGGAGAAGAGAUUAGAGGAGUGGAAGGCGGGAGAAGAGGAGAGGAAGCUGGAGAGAGUGGCGCAAGAGUUUCUGAAGAAGCAAGCGACGAAAGUGAAACAAGGAGCUGGAAAUGGAGCGACGCAGAAGUACGUGAACAAGUAUAGGGAAGAUUCUGAUAAGUGUAUCGUGGCCGUGGAGCUCGCCUUGAAAGAAUCUUUCCAAAACGGAAAGAGGAAAGGGAAGAUGAUCGCUGAAUCUGAAAAGUCGAAACGACUGAAAAUAUGGAAGGGGAAGAGAGCAAUUGUAGAUAGUGACAGUGAUGAUGAGAGCAGUGACGACGAAGAGGAUGAGAAAUCUGUUGUUCUAGACAACGGAAUCCAAGUUAAUGUAAGCUCUGGCACUGUGAUGAAUGAAACACAAAAUGGAUGUUCAUCUAGUAAAGCUUUGUCUGGAAGCUGUUCGGAGGAAGAGAAAGACAUCACUAUUGUGCAUGAAAGCUCAGAAAUACCAAUUACAGAGGAUACUAGUGAGGCAAUAGUGAAUCAAACCGAAAAGAAGGAGGCUUUAAGGGGAGAAGAAGGCAAGAAUAUUGUUUCAGUAAACAAUGAAGAUGUUAAAGAGAGUAGUGAUUCUACCACAACGACAGACUUUCCCGUCGAAGCAGACUCUGCUAAUGUUGGUUCUGGCAAAUCUUAUGAGCCGCUUAACUUUGAAAACUUCAGUUCAGCAUCGGACAUGGAGGUUCUUGGGAUGGAGAGAUUGAAAAAGGAGCUUGAAUCCAAGGGAAUGAAAUGUGGAGGAACGUUGAAAGAGAGAGCAGAAAGACUGUUCUUGCUCAAAUCAACACCAUUGGACAAGAUCCCCAAGAAGUUAAUGGCGGCUAAGAAAUGA